AUGUUCUCGAUGCAAUCGAUUGCUAUUGAAUUAGUGCAUGAUUUGAUCUUUUUCUAUUUUCACAAGAGAAGAAUCUCCUUGUCCGUUCCGUUCGAUCAUCGGGAAAACACUACAAUGAUGAACCAGGAACUGCAACAAAUCACUCAUCGAUCCGACAUGUAUGACAUUGUAUCUGAAAAUUGGUUGCACAUGGAAACGGUAUUGAAAGAGACUCCUUUCAUGUCAAGAUAUGAUCAUGCUGAGGAAAGACGAAGCGCUCUCUCAGUUCUUUGGACUUAUUUCGAUCGAAAUUGUGAAUUAUUAAGUUUGUUAAAUUUGGAAGAAUUCAAAAAAUCAACCAAUCAGUUAUUGAAUGAUUUUUUGGGUGAACGUCUCGCUGAACUCUUAUAUUUAGUCGUACCCAUGAAAAAGGAAAAUAUUUGUAUGGAUUGUGUGGAUUUGGAAAUUUCCAAUCAAAUUCAAGAACUUGUCAGAAAAAAACCAAAAGUUCAAGCCAUUCCCUUCAAAGAGAAUUAUUCACAAGAACCACUUUGGUUGAAUGAUGACAUUCUAAGUCAUGUAUUGUCCUAUUUGAUAUUUCCAAGAGAAAUGCGUUCCAUUUCAUUAACUUGCAAAAGAUUAUACUACUUUUUACACUAUUCUACAAAUUUUUCAUGGAUCAGUCACUUGACAUUACCUAAUCAAGGAAAAAUGGUGAGACAGGACACGGUUGUGUUACAUGAUUCAUUGAGUGUGGAUGUCGUUUCUUUCAUACAACGAUUAUUCAAGACCUAUCAAGGAUUUACCAACAUUUCAUCUAUUUCCAAAAUUUUCAACUAUUUUCAUGAACAUCCUGAAAAUGGUCGGAACACCUUUCUUCUUCACAAAUUAUUGAAAAAAGAAAUACCAACAAUGGGACGUUCGAGACAAAUUUUGACACGUUAUUCAUCCAUAAUAAUGAACAGUGGGAUUUCUGGUCCUAUUAUUGGUUGA